AUGCUGGUCACCUUUGAGCUUUGGUGCAUGGUCCAGCGCUGCUCUUACACUCUGGUGUGCCACAGUCCCACCUUCUUUCCUUCGGGGAGCUGGUGGGACUCCCGUAGUGGUGCAGUCCCCGCUUGCGAUGCGGAUGAGCUGUCCGACGCCCUCGAGGAGGACGCCCGCGGCCGCAAGACGCGGAUCGAUACGUCGCGGUGGGGCUUCCUGCGCGCGUAUCAAGGACAUAGUGAAGACUGCGGGCAUGAUCUCGAGCCUCGCGAAUCUGAGCUGUCCGACGCCCUCGAGGAGGACGCCCGGCCGGACGCGGAUCGAUACGUCGCGGUCAACGAGCUCAUUGCUCAGGCCGGGCAGUAUGCACUGACUGCCACCUCGUGGAGCAGGUGUGCUCGCGAGGGUUGCUCCCAGGAGGCGGCCUGGAAGGGCGCCUCACGUGCCACUUUGUGCUGGGCGACAUGCCCUCGCAAUGGUCGGAGCAACGAGGAUUCCGUAAGAUCCAAUGCGGUCGUGCAGGUCAGCCUGCAGACCUUGCUCCGUGACGGAGUGCCCCUGUUCAAAGGUGCGGAGGGCACGCUCCUCACAGAGCCGAUUCCCCGCACCAGUAGGAGCGGCGUAGAGCUUGUGGUCGUGAAGGCUGUGGCCGCGGUGGCUGCUGAGGAGGGUCUGCCAAGCCAGGCGGGUCGCCGGCGGUGGGCAGCCGGGGUCGCACGGACCCGGCCAACCUCCCAGCUGCAGGAGGUGGGCGAAGAGGAGUCGGGCUCCUCCAGCGAGCUUCCGGACACUCGCGCCCCCUCAGCAGCCGGGCCCUCGGUCGCGGCCCCUGCGAGGCGCGUCGAGGAGUCCAAGCACGAGCCCUCCGAGGAGGAGAGCCGCACUAGCUCUGCGGCUCGGGAAGAGCGCGGAGCGGCGGCAGCAGCGGAGGACCCCGCGGCUGCCAGAGCCGGGGCUGAACUCGAGAAGGCUGAGGCGCUUCUCUCGAAGGCCCAGCUGAGGCAGAAGGCCGUCCGGGGGGAUCUCCUGGGCGCCGCUGACGCGUACCUUGCGGGCACAGCAGCAGCAGCCGGUGCGGAAGCGGCGGCUGCUGACCCCAGCGCCCUUCCCACUGGCGACAGCGGUGCCGAAGCGGACGCGGACGCCUUCAUGGUGCGCGUCGACGCAGCGGCCGCCAAGGACGACCCGAUGGGUGUCGGCAGCUCGAGCCUCGGUGGCGGAGCUCGACCGCUCGCCCCACCCAUCGUGCCCGAUGCCGAGGCAGAUGGCUCGUUCAAAUGUGACAUCUGCGAGGCGUCGUUUGACACAGUGCCGCGCUGGCACUUGCACCGUGUAGCGGAGCACGGCCGGCGGCUUAUACCUGCGGCUGUCUUUCCGGAGCACGCGGCCUCUGACCAGGCGCGUCAAGACCACAAAGGAACGCCGUUCAAGCUGAGUCGCGACGGCCAUUUCUUUGAGAUGUCGGCCGCGCUCAGGGCCCGCUUCGAAAGGAAGAACGGCGAAACGGUGUUGCCUUUGCUCCAGAAGGGCGAUAAGAUUCGCCUUCUGGACGGGACCUUCCUCACCUACGGGAUCCCGUUGGUUCGGGCUCUCAAGGAGGAAGGUGGCCCUGCGUCGGUGGCGGUCGACCCCGACGCCCCGGAGUCCCUAGGGGGUCGGUCCAUGCGGGACGACUCCGAUGAGGACGAGCACAUCCGGAAGAACAGGGAGGCGUGGCUUGGAAGCCAGGCUCCCACGACACCGCCGUUGGGGCGGCUGACUCCUCCAAGCGGAGAGGCGGCCGCAACAAGGCGCCCCGUGUUGUUGACGGCGAGGAGAAGCGCACGCCUCCCCGGCCUCCCUCCGGUCCCCGCGCGGAAGCUCGUGCGGCGGGAUUCCUACUAUACGUGGGGAUCCUGGGUGUGCUAUUUCUGCUCCGGGAUUAACCCCCCGGAGUCGCAGGAAUGCUUCUAUCAGCCGGCGGGCGGCCCGACACGUGGCGCCCGCUGCGGAGGCCUCGCCUCGCAGGGCGACUACCUGCCGGAUGCGAACAUCAUCCCGUGGUCGGCGCCGGACGAGUGGCAAUCGUCGGUGUCCCCGGAUGAGUUCAACGAGGCGGUCAAUGCAGUCGAGGACUGCCAGCUCCUCGAAGACGCCCGAGUUCGCGGCGCCUGGCUGGAGCGCGAAUCGCUCCGGCAGGAGCGGAAGACCGCGACCGCGCGGAUCGAGAAGCGGCGGCAGGAGACUGCGCACGGGGACGAGAGCGCGGACUCCGACGAUAGUGCGGAGAUCCAAGAGAUGCGGGAGAAUAUGGCGGCGGACCGUGCCGAGUUCGCGCCACUUCUCCGGUCCCGAAGGACCACCCGCGCCGGCGUGUAUCGCAAACGCGGCCGGGAUCCCCGUGGAGACAAUCGCGACUACCGCGGCGGGAAGUCUCACCAGGGGAAGGACAGAGGCAAAGGCAAAGCUGCUGCCUGGCUUUGGGCUGGCCCUCGUGCGCGCCCCGUCUGCCUUGCCUCUCCCGUUGGUUCCAGGAUCGCGGCCGGAAGACGGCGCGCCCUGCGGAGCUCAGAGGAGUCCGCCGACCGGUCCACCGCCUACGCCUGGGCGCAAGACAGAUUGGUCCACGCGAUCAUCGGGAACAUCUCGGCUUGGGCUUGUGUGGCGGCGGCCGCGACGGCGCCCCUCCUGUUCUCCAUCCACCGGGGCUCGGUGGUGGUAGUGGAGGAGACGUUUGCUGCGGUGGCCCAGAGCUCCGCCGAGCUCGUGCAGGAGCUCGGAGCAGAAGCCCAGCGGACGGUGCACGUCGCGGGGCGAGCUCUCGCGGUGGCGACGUUGAUCGUCUGCGCCGCGUGCGUGUGGUUUGUUGCCCGCGCGGUCCUGAACCGGAUCGCGCACGCGCUGUCGGGCAACACCGCACUGCCGACAAAGCUCGUCGAGCUGGUCGGCACCGAGGCGACUUUUGAAGUCACCGGCAGCACGGGCAAGCAGCACCGGGUUUGGCUCUGUACGAAAAGUAGACAGGCUGCUUGCGGCUGCCAGGCUUUUGUCACCGAGGGCGCGUGCGGCCAUUGUGGCGCAGCGCAGACGGCGGCAGAGCGCCUCGGGGUGAUGCCCGUGGCUGGCAGCCAGGGUUCUUCCGCACCGGGUCACGCGGAGGAGUCCUCGCGGGCCAUCCGCCGCGGGCGGAUCGCUGUCGAAGCGGUGACAGCUGGCACGUCCGAGUGCUUCUCGGGGCUCGCUGCCAAGAGCCGGGAGCUCAGCUGCCUUAGCGGCCUGCUCAAGACCGACGUGGCGGCUGCGAAGGCAGCGCCCGUCGGCAAGGGUUCCAACCGGCGCAACAAGACGCCUAGCCGCACUGGCGUGCAGGCGUCAGCUGGCGUCACAGGUUGCCAAUACCUUGCUGGCGGAUGGUAUAUCGCCGCAGGUGCGGAGGUGGUAGACCGAGCUAAGCCACGGGAGAAGCUCUAUCUCCGGGCCUACAGCUUCGACUCGCCGUCAGUGAUCGAGGCGAUCGAGCGUGCGUGUGCCAGGGGCAGGCGCCCGGGUGCGUCUCUGCAACGGUCGUCCGUGCGCGACGCUUAUGUCGCCGAUGGGCGUGGCCCUGCGGUGGGCGCUGGCUUGAAGGGCCUCCAUCAUGGAAAGGCUCUGCUGCGCUUGGGCGCCAGCGGCGCCGAGUUGGUGAUCGGGUCGCUGAAUUGGAGUAGUAGCUCCAAGGCGAACCUCGAAUGUGGGGUUCACUUGACCCUCGUGCAGGAUGCCGAGGUCGUGGGAGACUACAUCCGCGACUUCGACACCUGCUUCGCUGCGGGCACUCCCUUGGAGGAUGCCAAGCCGCCCGGUAAGGCGGCUG